AUGGCAGAAGAUUCGCUUGCAAUUUUGCCACGGAGCAUGGGCCAACAAGCCCAACAAAAAAAGAAGGCGGCUCCCAAGCGCUUUAUUCCAUCACAGAAAGGUGCGUUGAUCACCGAGAACCCAAUGGAAGAGGAGUGCCAAUACACCUUCUCAGACAGCCCUGCCUUCCUUAGACAGAAGAAGGCAGAAGAAGAUGCAAAGCGAGCAGCAGAGCUCGAGGGUAAGGAAGAAACCAGAGGGUUCCUGCGAAGCGUGGAAGAGUUGGCGAGGAAGCAGAAGUGGGACGAAGCUUUCCAAGUUCUAGAAAAGCGUACGGCCGUUCCCAGUGGCUUGUUCCUCGUAACUCGAGCGUUACUUCGCUGGAA